AUGGAGAACAAACGGGCAAACGAAGAUGAUGAAAUCGUGGAACAAGCAAGGCUUAGUGAACCAAAUUGGAGCGAGCGAGUGGAGGAUCUCGUCGCAGACGGAGACGUCACGGCGGCGAUCUCUUUUCUCGAGUCUUUGGUGACCAAUCUUCACUCGCGGUUCGGUUUUUCUUCCUCCUCCGGCGAUACUCAAGGCGGCAAUAGAACGGAGUUUGGGCUUCAGUUAGCAGCCGCUCUCACCCAAUUGGCCGAUCUCUACUCUUCUCAGGGACUCUCCCUCAAAUCCGAUGAGCUUCGCACUCGUUCUUCCCUCAUCAAGCAACGAGCGCUGGAUUUAGAUCUUGCCUCAUCAAGAGAUUCCGGCGAUGCAGAGAAUCAAGCUGCUCCGCACAUUAUUGAUUCCAAUGGCGUCAACUCUGACCAAAAGGUCUCUCCUUCUGAAGGGAAAAUCCCAACGGAGAAUUCCACAGAAGCCUCUAGCAACAAUGCCGCUGCUCAUGAUUCUUCAGAUGAUGGUAUUGAUGGAGACUACUGUGAGUCGAGGUUUGAAGAUUCAGAAGAUAACGAUAUCUCUCGUGGUUCAGAGAAGACUGAUGAAUCACUGAAAUCCAAGUAUGGCACACGACAUGUCCUCGUACUUGCUGGAUUUUCUCCAAGUUUGAGGACUACUGAUUUGGAGAAGCUUUUUGAGGACUUCAAAUACAGUGGAAUUGUCAUUCGUUGGGUCAAUGAUACAACAGCACUUGCAGUCUUCAAAACCCCUUCAAUUGCUCUAGAGGCUUGCAAAAGUGUUCAAUGUUCAUUCACCAUACGUGUUCUCGAUGAUCAUGAUUCUCUUUUGGGCUCUAUUUCGGGAAAAGAUUUGGAACCGCCGUCUCAAAGACCAAAGACAUCAGCGAGAACAGCGCAACGGUUAAUUGCUCACAGCAUGGGAUUGAAACUCCCGGCUUCUGGAUUCGGGUCUAAAGAGCUACGAGACCAAGAAGCUGCCCGGAAAAACCGGAUUGUCUCCAGACAGAAACAACGGGACGAUGCUUGGGGAGAUGACUGA